GCUGCCAGACGUCAAGUGUCAACUGUCAAUUGUCAAAUAACUCUGGAAAAUGAAAGAAACCUGUUUUUAAAAAAUAUUUUAAUGCUGUUAUCAAAUUUUAUUCAUACAGAGUCCUUAAAAGUAUACUUUGAGUAGUGCGCUUUGGAACUUGAUAUCAUAUUUGAUAAUCCAUAUAAGUUUUAAUUGGUUAUUUAUGACGAUGCAUUUCAAAUUUUAACAGCACAAAGUACACUUAAAAAAAUGUAUUCUCGACUUCUUAAAAUACCUAAAGAAAUAUCAACCGUGCGAAACGUUCAACACAUCGGUGAAAUUGCGAAGUUUACGCCAAUUUCUACUCGUUUACAAAAAUAUCAUAACGACACGAGAAACAAUAAUUAUGACCAUUUUCGAAAAUAUUUUAAUAAAUGCGUUUUAUAUUCGGUAGCUGUAGGCAUUGUAGGAUAUACGUCUUAUAAAAUCUGGUUGCAAUACCAAGUUUUUCCAUCUCUAAAUGCAGCUGAAGAAGACAUUGCUAAAACGGACUCGGAUAAUGAAGUUGAAACAAGAAAGAAAAGAUACAGAAAAGAAAAAAUAGGAUUCAGGGACAGAAAGAUAAUUGAAUAUGAAAAUCGUAUGAGAGCUUAUUCAACUCCUGAUAAAAUAUUUAGAUAUUUUGCAACGGUUAAGUUAACAUAUGGAGAAAAUACUGAAGUUUACAUGACACCUGAUGACUUUUUGAGAGCCAUAACUCCUGGCAUGCAGCAGCCUGAUGGCUUAGGACUUGAUCAGUACAGGAGAUAUGAUCCAAAAACCAUAAGUCAGCGGCUCAACUUGGACUUAGACGAGGAUUCGAUAUUCUACAAGCUUGGAUCUUCUGGCCUUAUCACCUUUAGUGAUUACAUCUUCUUGCUGACGGUAUUGUCGACAUCGCGUCGUCACUUCGAAAUCGCGUUCCGCAUGUUCGACCUGAACGGGGACGGCGACGUGGACUGCGAGGAGUUCGAGAAGGUCGCCGCGCUCAUCCGCCAGCAGAGCAGCAUCGGCUCGCGACACCGCGACCACGCCAACACCGGCAACACCUUCAAGGGCAUAAACUCGGCGCUGACUACCUACUUCUUUGGUCCCAAACUCAAUGAAAAGUUGACAAUUGAAAAAUUUCUGGAUUUCCAGCAACAAUUACAGAAGGAAAUAUUAUCCCUCGAAUUUCAGAGAAAACAGCCAGACGAAAACGGACGUAUCACUGAAGCGGACUUCGCCGAACUCCUCCUGGCGUACGCCGGCUACCCCGCCAAGAAGAAGGCUAGAAUGCUCAAGCGCGUCAAGAAGAUGUUCCGCGACCACGGCGUGGGCGUGACGCGCGACGACUACCUGCAGUUCUUCCACCUGCUGAACAACAUCAACGACGUGGACACGGCGCUGACGUUCUACCACAUCGCGGGCGCGUCCAUCGACCCGCCCACGCUGCGCCACGUGGCGCGCACGGUGGCGCGCGUGGCGCUGCAGCCGCACAUCGUGCGCGUCGUGUUCACCAUCUUCGACGAGAACAUGGACGGACAGCUGAGCAACAGAGAAUUCGUCGCAGUGAUGAAGAACAGGCUACUCCGGGGCCUGGAGAAGCCGAAGGAUACGGGUUUUGUCAAGCUCAUGUAUUCCCUCAUUAAAUGCGCUCGCGACACCAAGCCGGCGCUACUCGACUUUUAGGAUAACAUCUCAAACCUGUGUGAGUCGUUCGCGUCUACUAUCUCCUCUCUUGAAUAAUCAAAAUGUACCUUAUUCAAGUACGCUCAUACAAGCUCCUUUAAAUUUUCUUUUUUCAAGAUCAUAAUAUUAGGUGUUAAGGUACCACUAUAUCUGAAUGUAGAUUAGGCUGACGAUGAGAACUAUCAAGAAACUCAGUAGUUAGAAAAAGAUUUCUGAAAUGAAAUCACACAGUCAAAUAUUUAUAUAAGUAUUGUUAUAUCCUGUAUGGUAAUACACACGUAAACACUAGUGAGAUUUAUAAACGUGUGUAAUGAUUAUUUAUUACAUAUUAAGUACAAAAAUAUACAUAACAGAUCAGCAUAUAGCAUACUUUAUUUAAUGAAUUUCAACAUUACCAAAAAAUAAUGGCUUUAUUUAAAGAUUACCUAGCAAUAUAAUAUGACUUAAUAUUUAUAAUAGUAUGAAUUUAAAAUGUAUAUUACUAACAAAGUGUUCGUAUUCAAUGGUUGCCUUUUGAAAACUGUUGCAUUUUAUUUUUCAAAGCAAAAAUAUUAUUUUUAAACGAAGUAGCAAUCACUAAAUAGAUUUAAAUAAGUGCUUUAUAUUAAACUAUAGUAGCAACUGCUCACGGUCAAUGUCUUGCCUGCAUUUACUUAAAAAAUAUAUACUCGAUAUAUAUAGAGUAUUUUCAGCGCGACACGUUUGUCCCAAAAAUGUACACUAUAAUAUUUAUUUGUCGCGAUGUGGAGAAAGUAGAAAUGGAGGGACUCAACUUCUACCGAAUGUUGUGUGUCUUUACCGAUCAGCAUAAGCUGUGCGUUGAUAGUCAUUCAGGACGUCGCAGUACAUACACAUGUAGAUAUACAUAUAUCAAAACGAAACCAAUUUAACAGGAAUAAUUAUCUUGCCAUCUCUUUCUCAUUUUUGGAAUUAAAAAGAAUAGUAAUAUGUAUUGUCAGACCGUUAAGAACCGAUUCAGCACCGUUAUUUAUUAAUUUUAUUAUGUAUUUUAAAUUAUAUAUUUUACGCAAGUUGUUUAAAUGUUAAUUAAUUAUAUAAAACGUCUAGUCCAAAUAAAAAAGUUAAAGGCCUUAAAAACAUUGCAGAACGAAUAUUUACUGUCUGUAAAGUCGCCGUGUGUAUAGUACAAAACUAUUUAGUUUCAUACUGUUCUCUCUUUCUGCCAUCAGUAAUUUGACAUUUGAAAGAAGAAAAUAAACGUACAACUGAUAUUAUACAACGUUCAUUAUUGAGGGCUACGUUUCUUAUUAUAUAAAUGUGAUUUGUAAAUGAUUGUUUUGUGACACAAAUUAUUGUAAUAGUUAUUAUUUUUUAGCUUACAGGUAAUAUUAUAUAAGAUUAUUUGCGAAAUUAAUUUUGUCUAUUACGAUUUUUUUUAUAUGUGGCAUGUGAAUAUAUUUUCUUUAAUUUAAUUUGAUCUGCUUAGUGUUCAUAGUUGUAAGUAUAAUAUUUUUUUGUAUUUUUGAACAAAUUAAUUACAGACUGUUAAUAAAUACUUUUGUGAAUUCGUUUUUUGGUUAUGGCAACUUUUUAAAAUAACUCUAACUCGCCUUAUCGUUAUUUUUAUGCUGUAAGAUAAAUCUGUAAUUUUAUGAAAUAAAUUUAUUAAAAAGUAAUCGUAUUAUUGUUUUAAUUUAUAUUUAUAAUUUCUCCACGAAAUUAAAUUAGUACGAAGUGUAACGAGACUGGCGCGAGGUUGAAGAUAACCAAUAGAUAAAUCUGAACAAUAUUAGAUUAUUAAAUCUAGUCUAACGGACUCAUUACUCAGUUUUAAGUUUAAAGACAGGAAUGUCAACCUAGAACUGUCGCGUAAAACUUAUCGGGAGCAACGAACGGUAAAUGAAAAUUGUUGCGAAUCGCCUAAACGGCCCAGAAACAGCGCCACCGCGCCGCCGGCAGAAAUAGACUUCGCGCGUGGCGGCGCCGACGCCG